GAGAGUCUCCUUCGUGUUCGCUAGCACACGUCUCGAAGUUGAUUAACAGUCCCCCGCUCAUUACCAGACAAAAAAGGACAGAAUUCAUCUCCUUCCAUCUUCUUCCAACUGGGUCUUCUCACCUUCCAUGGCGCUUUGCUAAAGUUUUCUCCUUUUGGCUCCUCUCUCUCUGUCUCUCUCUCGCCCCAUCUCGCCCCACCUCAAUUCUUCUCCGUUGAAUCUUCGAGAAGUUCGUCGAGAAAUUCCUCUGCUUUCUCGGCCAAAUCGCGGAAAGUUCGCCUCCCCCAUCUCGUUUACGUCCCACUCCGAGUUUUGCUCUGGACUUCUCGGCGCUGUACGGAGCUCGAUCAAAGCGUAGAUGGGAGUAUACUUGAGCACUCCCAAGACUGAGAAAUUCUCGGAAGAUGGCGAGAGUGACCGGCUCAGAUAUGGUUUAUCGUCAAUGCAAGGGUGGCGUGCCACUAUGGAAGAUGCUCAUGCUGCCUAUCCCAAUAUGGACUCUUCCACCUCGUUCUUUGGUGUUUAUGAUGGCCACGGAGGUAAGGUGGUUGCCAAGUUUUGUGCCAAAUUUCUUCACCAGCAAGUUUUGAAGGACGAGGCUUAUUCGGCUGGAGACAUUAGAACUUCUGUUCAAAAGGCAUUUUUCAGAAUGGAUGAGAUGAUGCGUGGCCAAAGAGGGUGGAGGGAGCUAGCUGUUCUUGGGGACAAAAUAAACAAGUUCUCCGGUAUGAUAGAAGGGCUAAUAUGGUCUCCAAGGGGUGGUGACACUAACGGCCGGAUUGAUGAUUGGGCUUUUGAGGAUGGGCCUCAUUCUGAUUUUACUGGACCAACUUCUGGGAGUACAGCCUGUGUUGCAAUCGUUAGAAACAACCAGCUUCUUGUUGCAAAUGCUGGUGAUUCUCGGUGUGUCAUAUCUAGGAAGGGUCAGGCGUACAAUCUUUCUCGAGACCAUAAACCUGAUUUGGAGGCUGAAAAAGAGAGGAUUAUAAAAGCCGGUGGUUUCAUCCAUGCUGGACGGGUUAAUGGAAGUUUGAAUCUUGCUAGGGCUAUAGGUGACAUGGAAUUCAAGCAGAACAAAUUUUUGCCUGUCGAGAAGCAAAUUGUAACUGCCAACCCAGAUAUAAAUACUGUGGAGCUUUGUGACGACGACGAGUUCAUCGUGCUGGCAUGUGAUGGAAUCUGGGAUUGCAUGUCGAGCCAGCAGCUAGUGGAUUUCAUACAUGACCAGCUGAAGUCGGAAUCCAAGCUGUCUGCGGUGUGCGAGAGAGUUCUGGAUAGAUGUUUGGCACCAUCCACUGUAACUGGUGAGGGAUGCGACAACAUGACCAUGAUCUUGGUCCAGUUCAAGAAACCCAUCCAAUCCUCCAUGCCCGCCGAGGAGCAAUCCCCACCUCAGCCUACCGAUGCAGAGUCAAAACCAGAGAACAAUGGGUCCGGACCUGAGUAAACUUGACGCAAGCUGGUGUUCAUGCACGGGGUUUACAGUUCGGGAUCUCUCCCUAGAGGGUGCUGAUUUCUUGAGAAUAUAUAAUGUUUAUUUCUUUUUUCCUCGUUUUUUGGCUCAUGUAAAUUUAUUGUAGCAGUAGAGAAGAUUUGCACGAGAUGGAAGCGUGACAUAGUGCAAUCAAGUUUGUCUUGACUAUUUUCUGCGUGUGAUGAGUGAUUGGAAAAGAGACCUUGGACAAGGUUUGGCUGCUUGUAGUUGCGACUGUUGUUUUGACAUUUGCACUUCGUUUAUUGGAUGGCAGGUUGGGAA